AUGAGAGGUAAGGGAGGGAAAUACAAGCCCCCUUGGUGGUCAGAAGAACUAGAGGCUCAGAAGCUCGAGAUAAUAAAAUUGCAUCAUCGCAUACAGGAGGCAAAGAGACGCGGUCUAGCCAUAGAGGACUUAGUUCAGCAACACAUGACUCUCAAAGCAGCAUAUGCACAAAACUUAAGAGCUGAGUCCACAAAAAGCUUUAGGGAUUUUUGCAGCCUUCAAACCAAGGAGAAUGUCUGGUCCCUGACUAAUAGACUAUUAAAAGAGUCCACUGCUAGACGCCCACCUACCACCUUAAAAAUAAAUAAUAAGUUCACUGCGGACAAUUAUGAAACUGCAACUGCACUGCUUAACCAUUUUUAUCCUCCUGAUCUACCAGACACUGACCCCCGUCAUCACGAGCUGACUGCCCACCUCGAUGACACUUUGGACACCAAUGAUGAACCACCCUUCACUUCAGAGGAGGUGCUGGAGCACUUGAGUCUAAUGAACCCCAAUAAGGCUCCCGGGUUAGACAAUCUAACUUCGGAUAUUUGCCUGCAGUUCACAAAAAACUAUCCGCGACUUAUAACUGACAUUAUGAACAGGAGGCAAAGUUUAAAUAAAAUGGCGUGCACAGAUACUGAAACUAGUGGCAUCGCAAAUGAAAAUUCACCCUAUCAUAGGAUGCCUACUUCUGCAAGCAUACUCGAAGGCCUUAAUUCAAUAACCACUAUAGCGAAUAACAUAAUCACAACCAUAUCGGCUGGCAGAAGUGUGACAUCAGACAGCAAAAAAGCGAUUAUAGAAAUGGCGCAUGACAUUAACAGAAUCAUAAGAGAAACACAAAUAAAAACUGAAUAUACGGCAAAUAUUAUAGAGGUUAAAGAGUCGCUGCAAAAUACUAUUAAGGAAGAGAUUUCCAAACUCUCGAUACGCACUCAAACCAAAUCCUAUGCGAGUGUUGCUUCUACUCCUCGUCCUCCGCCGAGCAAUCCAGCACCCACACAUGCAUCAAAACCGGCUAUUAUUGUCACUCCUACUAAUAAAGUUAAUUCGCGACAAGAAGUUAUCGAAUCAUGGCGCAAGAGUAUCUGUUUUAAAAGUUGUAAUUAUGCACCCUCCAAAUUGCAAGUCAUAUCAAAUAAUAAACUCCGAGUAGAAUUCGAUACAUGCUCCCAGAGGGACGACGCUUUAGAACGUUUGAAAUCUGCUACGACAGUUAACGCUGAAGCCGCGCGCAAAAUGAACCCUAUGGUCAUCUUAAAGGGCGUAUCAAAUGACGUCCCAUCAGAAGAGUUAGUCAGUAUCAUCACAGGGCAAAACGACGAAUUACGGGACCUCAUAAAUAAUACGGACGACGCUCUUUGCUUACGUUUUAAGAGGAAAAACAAAAACCCUAAAUUAUAUAACGCAGUUUUCUUAUGCAAUCCUACGAUAUGGCGCAAAAUAAUGGAUUCCGGAAGAAUAAACGUUGAUCAUCAACGUAUACAUGUCGAAAAUUUUUGCCCAUUCAUUCAGUGCUUUAGCUGUCUUCAGUUUGGACACGUUCAAGGCAAGUGCACCAAUAAUAUCCAUCCCUGCUCGCACUGUGCAGCAGGAAAUCACACAUACACAAACUGUCCAAAUAAGGCGAAUAAAUCGGCUACUACGUGCUACAACUGCCAAAUGCAUAAUAAUAAGUUCAAUACCAAAUUUGACACACAACAUGCAGCAACUUCCUUUUCCUGUCCUAGAGUCAAAGCCAUGAAAGAGCGUAUAAACCAGCGAAUCGACUAUGGAUCAACAAAUAAAAUAAAAAUAAUUCAGUGUAACAUAGACCGAUCCAAAAGCUGCCAACAAUAA